GGAGCUGUCUAGGACUUGGCCGGGUGCUUCCGCUCUCCAGGCAGUUCAGGAACAAUGGCGGUGAUAGUGGACUUGGUUAGCGAUGAUGAUGUGUUCGAAUUGGACGAGGGCAAUGAUGGUCAGGUUGGGGUCUCGUCUUAUCCAGCCCGGAGAAACGCGGAUGCUCCUGGCCCGUCCAGGCUGGUGAGGCAGGACGCUGAUGGGAUGGCCAACGGGGCAACUCCUUCUGCCUCGUUAGUUGGGAUGUAUGUAGAAAUGGGUUUCCUGAAAGAGAUGGUAUUGAAGGCCAUCAAAGAGAUUGGGAAGAGGGACGAAAGUGCAGUGCUGUCACUACUUCUUGCAUAUACGGAAGAUGACGACUCAGUGGGUAGCUGCUCUACUUCUCGCCGCAUCCCCCAGCGUGUUGAAGAUGAUGAUGAUGAUGAUGAUGAAGAAGAUGAUGAUUUUGAUUUUGAAGACUGGGAUGAUGAUGUUGAUGCUGGCCAAAGGGAUCCUCACUCUGAUGGUUCUGGUGAUGAGGAGUUCCUACAAGAGAUGUCACAGUUGGACAAGCAAAUCAAGUCCUUAGUGGACAUGGGAUUUCCUGAAGAUGAAGCAAACAGAGCUCUUAGAAGAUGUGGUCUGGAUACCCCUAUGCAUGUACUGGUUGAUUCUAUCUAUGCAUCACAGCAUGACCAUGAGGUUAUGGAUGAGAAUCGCUUCAGUUCCUGUGUGGGGAGAAAGAAAGCAAGGUUCACAGAAGAUAGCAAGAAGAGGAAAAGAUACGGAGGUGGAGCACAUGGAAGUCAACCCCCAUGGGAUGGUGGUCAUGAAGAGUCAAUUUCUCUGCCAAAGCCAAUGGUGGGAUUUGGCCUACCUGGUGACCGACCACGGUCAGUGGGCAGAUGGCUUCCUGCACAUAGUAUGAGAGCACCUUUCUUCUAUUACGAGAAUGUGGCACUUGCUACUAAAGGUGCCUGGGCAGAAAUUUCAAGAUCCAUAUAUGGUAUUGAGCCAGAGUUCGUAGACUCGAAGUACUUCUGCGCAGCGUUAAGGAAACGGGGUUACAUCCAUAACCUCCCAACUGAGGGAAGGUCAGUUUUGCGUCCCAUCCCUCCGAAGACCAUUUUCGAGGCCUUCCCCCAGUACGAGACGUGGUGGCCCUCGUGGGACCAAAGAAGGCAGCUCAAUUGCCUACAAACUUGUAUGGCAAGCGCAAAGCUGACUGAACGGAUCCACCGUGCUCUUGCAAACUCGACCGAUCCACCAACUCAAGCUGUUCAGAAACGUGUGCUGGAAGAGUGCAGGAAGUGGAAUUUGGUAUGGAUCGGGAAAAACGAAGUUGCUGCAUUGGAUUCUUUGGAAAUGGAGUUUCUGCUUGGUUAUCCAAGGGACCAUACCAGGGGAGCCAGCAAGAAAAAGAGAGACAAAUGCCUUGGAAAUUCAUUCCAAGUCGAUACUGUUGCUUUUCAUCUGUCAGUGCUGAAGGAUAGGUUUCCAUGUGGUAUGAACGUGCUGUCCCUGUUCAGUGGUAUCGGAGGAGCAGAGGUUGCCCUUCACAAGCUUGGCAUACGGAUGAAGACCGUGGUUUCUGUGGAAAUCUGCGAAGCGAGUAGGAACAUCUUGAGAACUUGGUGGGAUCAGACUCAGGAUGGCACUCUGAUAGAGUUUCGUGAUGUGCAGUCUCUCACGCAUGAAAAUAUCGCAUCACUUAUCAGACAACUUGGUGGCUUUGACUUGGUGAUCGGGGGAAGCCCAUGUAACAACCUUGCCGGCAGCAACCGGCACCACCGUGUUGGCUUGGAGGGCGACCAGUCUGUGUUGUUUCGUGACUAUGUUAGAAUCUUGAACUCUAUCAAGUCGAUUAUGGCGAAUGUAGGAUGAUGAUUGCAUUCCAUGUUCUUCUAGUCCUUAUCCUUAGAAACCCUACUUCAUUUAGGUUUGGAACAUCAAGUAACUGUGGUGAAAGUUUAUUUUGUAGACAGACCGGAUAAAC